AUGACCAAUGACCAGCUAGCUGCUUUGGUCGCAGCACUCACCGCUCCAGACGGCCAAACGAGCCGUCCACAGAUGAUACGCCGUCGCCUAUUCAACACAAACCCUACGGCGACGGGUGGUGACUACAUCUCAGAUGACUCGGAACGUAACGAAACCCUUCUCAUCGAUGCUCAACAGAUAGGACCAGAUCUCGCAACCAUACGCGAUAUCGCCGAGCUCAAACUCAACAUUCAGCAAAUGAGCUCGAAGAUCCAUCAAGCUACCAGCGCGGCUCCACAAAUCGAGAGUGUACUCGCCGCGACCUCGCGAACCCCUUUUACUAGCGCACUAACCAAUGUGCAACUCAUGAAGAUAGAGAAGCUGCGCCUACCAGAGUACAAGCCCGGCGGAGACCCGGUGGAACACAUGACGGCUUUCAAUAUCGCGAUCGCAUGGGCUCGACUCUCCGAUGAAGAAAGGGACGCAGGCUACUAUCAACUGUUCGUCGAGACUCUCCACGAGCAAGCCCUGACCUGGUUCUCCCAACUAGAGGAGAACUCAAUCGGAAGCUUCCGAGACUUAUCAGCGGCUUUCCUCAAGACGUACAUUAUCUUCACAAAGCGCAGUGCUACCGCUUCUAGCCUGUGGAACCUCAACCAAACCAAAGAUCAGAGCCUCCGCGACUACAUGGAGAAGUUCAAAGCAGUAGUCUCGAGCAUUGCAAUCCCCGACGACAUCGCUAUCGAUGCCCUGAGAAACACAUUGCGGUUCCGCUCUAGGUUCCGAGAAGAUCUAUACCAAAAUCCAACCACCUCGCUCCAAGACGCUAUCGCUCGUUCUCACAACUUCAUUCGAAUGGAAGAAUAUACAAAUGCGAUCAUCAGCAAGAUGAACGCAGCAAAAACGCCAGUGACUAAAAAUGCCGACACGCGAGCAGAACUGCGGCAGCAUGCUCCUCGCGACAAGAACAGCCGUAAAGAUGGUUACAUGUACAUCGUCAACUAG